AUGGGGACCCAUCCGUCUCUUCCGUCGAAAGACCUCGAAACGCAGCGUACCCUGCUCGACCUAGUCCAGGAUAAUGUGGCUUUGAUUUCGCCCGAAGUUAGUGACCGAUAUGGCGGCAAGAUUCCCUUCCUCUUCAAGGUGCUGUCGAUCCGAAAAGCUCUCAGCAUCCAAGCCCAUCCGAACAAGAAGCUUGCUGAAAAGCUCCAUUCACGGGAUCCCCGAAACUACCCAGAUGACAAUCACAAGCCGGAGAUGACCAUCGCAAUCACACCCUUCGAAGGCCUGUGUGGCUUCCGGCCACUAGCUGAGAUUGCCCAUUUCCUUAGAGCUGUUGCACCCCUCCGUGGCCUCGUCGGUGGACAGACCGCAGCCGAUUUUGAGAAUGUGAUUAGGGGAUCUGAGGACUCCGAUGACUUAGAACAGACAAGGAAGAACAAAAGCGCCCUGCGAACGCUUUUUACUGCGUUAAUGAACUCGUCUUCUGAGCAAAUUGAAACGGCCGCGCAAGAACUUGUCACAUCAGCUCAGAAUUCUCCGGAGACCUUUGCGUCUCUUGUCAACGCCCCGGACACGAACCCUACCAACCCUGCGGAAUUGGCAUCUGUUGUCGUCCGCCUGAACGAACAGUUCCCCAACGAUAUUGGUCUCUUCGUCUUCCUCUUCCUCAAUUUCGUCCGCCUGGACCCUGGGGAGGCUAUGUUCCUCAAAGCGGAUGAUAUCCACGCCUAUAUCUCUGGAGACAUCAUUGAGUGCAUGGCUUCAUCCGACAACGUUGUGCGGGCGGGCUUCUCACCCAAGUUCAAGGAUGUGGAUACCCUCACCGACAUGCUAACAUACUCAUAUGCACCCAUUGAGGAACAGAAGCUGGAGCCUACGGAUUACCCGUAUGUAGUGCUGAAUGCUCCGGCCUACUCAAGCGCCUCAGAAUCUCUUCUUUAUGACCCACCGAUCGAAGAAUUUAGCGUUGUCAAGACAGACCUUCGUCGCACCCGGGCAAAGGCAACAUUUGAUUCAUUGACGGGCCCGAGUAUUUUAAUAUGCACCGGGGGCGAAGGCAAGAUUACGGUGGGCCACAAGACGGAAGAAGUCAAAGAGGGAUACGUCUUCUUCGUUGGCGCAAAUGCCGAAUGCAUCAUCGAGAAUACUGGGACGGGACCUGACGAGGAGAAUGUUUUUACUACAUUCAAAGCUUUCUGUGAUCUGACAGGGAAGGAGGAUAUGGUCAACGGGCACUAG